AUGAUUUCGGACGUCAGGGUCGCCAUCGACAGAGGAGGAACGUUCACGGACGUGAUUGCGGUCAUUCCGGGCCGCGCCGACCACGUUUUCAAGCUGCUUUCUGUGGAUCCUGAUAACUACAAAGACGCCAACGUAGAGGCUAUCCGACGUGUUCUCGAGCACGUUCAGGGCCGCAGCAUCCCGAAAAACUCGCCGCUCGACACAAGCUGCAUCAGCAGUAUCCGUUUGGGCACCACGGUGGCCACCAACGCUCUGUUAGAGCGCAAGGGCGCGCGCUGCGCAUUGCUCACCACAGCAGGUUUUAGGGACAUUUUGCAGAUCGGAGACCAAACACGGCCCGAUCUCUUCGCUAUGCGUAUCCGGAAGCCGGAGGUUUUGUACGAGGCCGUUGUCGAGAUCAAGGAGCGCGUGACCGCGCCAGACUACGAGGAGGACCCGGAGCAGGUGAGUUUCGACUCGUUAGUCGGCAAAGACCCAGCAUACACCAAGGGCGUCACCGGGCAAACGUACCAGAUACUACAGGAGCUGGACUUGGAGGACGCGCGGCAGAAACUGCUGCCGCUGAAAGAAAGCGGCGUGCGGUCGCUUGGAAUCUGCCUGGUGCACGGCUACGACUUCACGGAGCACGAGGUGCAGCUCAAACGGCUGGCCUUGGAAAUGGGGUUUGAGUUUGUGGCCGCAUCCCACGAGCUCAUGCCGAUGAUCAAGGCGAUCCCACGCACCCAGUCGGUCAUCGUCGAGGCGUACCUGACGCCAAUCAUCAGGGAAUACAUCUCGUCCUUUUUGCAGGGCUUCAAGCCUGGGUUUGAAAAGACCACGCGCAUCGAGUUUAUGCAAAGCGACGGCGGUCUGGUGCCUUACGACGAGUUCAGCGGGCUGCGGGCACUUUUAUCCGGCCCGGCUGGUGGUGUUGUGGGCGAGGCACAGACAUGCUACGACCCAGCAGAGGGCACGCCAAUCGUCGGCUUCGACAUGGGCGGCACGUCGACCGACGUGUCGCGCUACGACGGCAGCUACGAGUACGUGUUCCACUCAAUCACGGCCGGCAUCCACGUCGCGGCGCCGCAGCUGGACAUCAACACGGUGGCUGCCGGCGGCGGCUCGAUCUUGGAGUAUGUGAACGGCGUAUUCAAGGUGGGGCCCGAGUCUGCGUCGUCGCACCCCGGCCCGGCGUGCUACCGCAAGGGCGGCCCGUUGACCAUCACGGACGCCAACCUGUACGUGGGGCGGAUCUUGCCGGAGUUCUUUCCGCACAUCUUCGGCCCCAACGAGGACCAGCCGCUCGACUACGCCGUGGUUCAUGACAAGUUCACGCAGCUGGCACGCACUAUCAACGAGGAAAACCGCGGCGCCGAAAAGUCGCCGCACGAGGUCGCACUCGGGUUCCUGGAGGUGGCCAACCACAACAUGGCCAAGCCGAUCCGUGCGCUGACCGAGUCGCGCGGUCACAAUGUCGCCAAGCAUAAUCUGGCGGCCUUUGGUGGCGCCGGCGGCCAAAAUUGUGUCGACGUAGCCACCAUCCUCAACAUGCGCCGCGUUAUUGUCCACAAGUACUCGUCUGUGCUGUCUGCGUACGGCAUCGGCAUGGCCGACGUCGUCAAGGAAAAGCUUGAGCCGUGCGAUGCGGUGUAUUCGGACGCCGUGCGCGAAAAGCUGCUGGCGAGGUGCGGCGAGAUUGAAGACGAGCUGCUGAAAAAGCUGCUGCUCCAAGGUGUUGACAGAAACACCGUCCAGAGCCAGUUUUACUUCAACCUCGGCUACCGCGGCUCCGACACCAAGCUCAUGAUUGCCGAAUCAGAAAAGGACUUUCUGGCGGCGUUUGUGGAGCGCCACGAGCGCGAAUUCUCGUUUGUGGACGCCUCCAAGGCAGUCGUAGUCCACGACAUCCGUGUGCGUGUGACGGGGUCUACAUCCAAGAUCCCGCAAAAGUCGCCGUUCGAUCGGGCCGGGGUCGAAUUGAGGCCUGCUCCGAACACCCUCGUGCUCACCACGGCGCCCGUCUACUUCAGCGAAAACGGUGUAGGCGUGUGCCACGAGACCCGCGUCUUCCGCAUGUCGGAUCUCGCCGUUGGCCACACCGUCCAGGGUCCUGCUAUUUUGCUCGACUCUACCCAGACGAUUUGCGUCAAUCCCUGCUCGCGGGCACUAAAUCUGGAAAAACACAUCAUCAUUGACAUUGAUGAUAAAGACGCUGCUCCGACACUGACGCAGACGCUGGCGGUUGACCCAAUCCUGCUGGCCGUGUUCCAAAACCGGUUUAUGGCCAUUGCCGAGGACAUGGGUACGACGCUGCAGAAAAUCUCCGUGUCGGCGAAUAUCAAGGAGCGCAUGGACUUUUCGUGCGCGCUGUUCGACGCAGACGGUAACCUCACGGCUAAUGCGCCGCACGUGCCCGUCCAUCUGGGGUCCAUGUCGCACUGCAUACGGUACGCGAAAAAAUACUGGGGCGGCAACAUCCGCCCCGGCGACGUUUUGGCGUCCAACCACCCGCUGGCGGGAGGUACUCACCUGCCAGACAUCACGCUUGUCUCGCCCGUGUUUAUUGACGGCGAGAUUCGGUUUUUCACCGCGUCGCGGGCUCAUCAUGCCGAAAUCGGCGGCUCUGCUCCCGGUUCCUGCGCCGCAGACGCUACCGAGCUUUACCAGGAAGGAGCGCAGUUUCUGCACUGGAAACUCGUCGAGAACGCCAGGUUCGACUACGACGGCGUCCAGAAGCACUUUGUCGAGGACCCAGCAAAAUACCCCGGCUGCUCCGGCUCCAGAAACGUCAAGGACAAUCUCUCCGACCUCAAGGCGCAAAUUGCCGCCAACCAGCGUGGAGUGCACUUGCUCGAAGACCUUUUCAAAGAGUACGGAACGGAGGUUGUUCUGUUUUACAUGACUAACGUGCGCAAAACGGCAGCCGCUGCGGUGCGCAACUUCUUCAAGCGCACAGCCGCCAGAAUGCGCGGCCAGCUACCAUUGCGUGCCAAGGAGACCAUGGACGACGGCUCGGUGAUCAGCGUGGUGAUCGACAUCGACGAGAAAAAGGGCGAGGCGUUCUACGACUUCACAGGCACGUCCGAGGAGGCGUACGGCCCCUGCAACGCGCCGAUCGCCAUCACGCACGCAUGUAUCAUCUAUUCGCUGCGGCUGAUGCUGGAGCAGGACAUCCCGCUCAACGAGGGGUGUCUCGAACCCGUGCAGAUGUACAUCCCGCCAGGAAGCAUCCUGAACCCGUCCGAGUUUGCGGCCGUCGCGGCGGCGAAUUCCACCACGUCGCAGCGGCUCAACGACUGUCUGCUCAAGGCGUUCGGGCUGUGUGCUGCUUCCACGGGCUCCAACAACACCAUCGGCUUUGGCAAGGGCGGCAAGGACCCCGUCACGGGCGAGAUCCGGCCCGGCUUCGCCAUGGUCGAGACGAUCGGCGGCGGCUCCGGUGCGUGCGAGGGUGCCGACGGCUGGUCCGGGGUGCACUGUCACAUGACCAACACCAAGAUCACCGACCCAGAGAUCUUUGAGAAGCGGUACCCGGUGAUUUUGCACGAGUUUAGUAUCCGCAGGGACUCCGGAGGCAAGGGCCGGUGGCGCGGCGGCGACGGGCUCGUGCGGACUAUUGAGUUUACGACGGACCUAUCGUGCACUUUGCGCACGCAGCGGCGCAAUAGCGGGCCGUACGGGGUACACGGCGGGCUCCCGGCUUCCAGCGGCAAGAACUUGCUGGGAAAAAUUCAAGGUGGCCGCAUGAGAUGGAUCCACAUGCCGGCGUUUGCGCAAUUCCAGCUCCACAAGGGAGAGUUUGUAAGUAUUCUGACUCCUGGCGGCGGUGGCUACGGGGCGCCUACUAAAGCGCCGGAAACUGACCGCUACAAACGUCCAAACCAGCAAACGGCGUUUUUGCCCAUUGCAGGCGGCUCGCUCGCUCUCAGAACGGAGCUAGGCAAUACAUCGCAGUAA